UACCCCUGCCUCUCCUCUGGGUGGGGUCCAUCCUGAAACCUGUGGUAGAGAUUACAAUAUUUCCUGUCAAAACUACUAGAUGUCAAUAAGCUGUCACUUCAGACAUGCACAAGGUGACCAUCAGAUGCCAGGUUCUUACAAGCCAUCAUGAACUUCACAUAUACCCAGAUAUCUAACCAGUGCCUAGAGUUGGUGGGUAAACAAAAUGUUAACAUUAUAUUCUUACAUUACAACCUGACUGGACGUCUACUUGGACGAUCAAGUGAAAAUGGCAUUAUGCUGAAGAUAAUCAGUACCCUAAUCGGUCUGUUCAUCAUAAUGGAGAACUUGACAGUGCUGGUGGCCCUGCUAAGGUUCCUUCGUUUGAGACGUUGGGUUCACUGCUGUUUAGCAAACAUUGCAUUUAGUGAUCUCCUGGCUGGCAUUUCAUACUUGCUAAAUAUAUGGCUUUCAGGUGAAAUGACUUUCCAAUUGUCCCCACAACAAUGGUUUUUAAGAGAGGGCCUUCUCUUCACCACUCUAGCUGCAUCUACUUUCAGCCUGUUCAUAACAGCAGUGGAACGAUAUUGUACAAUGGUGGCCCUUGUCUCAGAGAGCCACUCUACAAAAGUGGUGCGUGCACAGGGGUUAAUUAUUCUAUGUUGGGUGCUGGCUGCUAUUGUUGGGUCCUUGCCUUUGUUUGGUUGGAACUGCCUAUGCCACAUUGAAACCUGCUCCAGCCUUCUUCCCCUUUACUCAAGGCAAUAUAUUGUAUUUAGCCUUGGCCUUCUGACCAUUAGCCUGAUAGGGAUUAUUGGUUUUUACUGCACUAUUUAUUACUUAGUCUGUUGCACUGCUAGGCAGACUGCAGUCACAACCCAAAGUCGGCGUGCAAUACACUUACUUCAAACCGUUCUCAUCAUCCUUGGCGCAUUUGUAGUCUGCUGGACUCCCCUUUUUGUCUAUCUUUUGGUGGAUUCCUCAUGCACUCCACCUUCCUGUCAAUCCCCAGUAGGACUGGAAUGGGUGCUUGCCUUAGCUGUCUUGAACUCAGCUUGUAACCCUUUAAUUUACUCUCUCAGAAGUUCAGAAGUACGUAAAGCAAUGGUGGCAUUUCUCUGCUGUGCUUGCACUAUGGCUGGAGUUAAGGUACCAGCAUGUCACCAGCAAGGUGCAGAUAUCACCUCAGGUUCAUCAAAUGAAAGUUCACUUAGAAGAAAAAGCAGUGUGCGCCUUUCACGAGCAUUAAGUUUUAGGAGUCCUGUAACCAGCAUUUCUAGUGUGCCCAGUCAGUAAUAAGUCUUCAGACUAAUCUAAGUGAAAAACAGAUACCAUGCCUAAGGAGUUUUGUCUCACAUACAGUAUGUCCACUGAUUGUCAUACAUAGCAUGUAGAAAAAUGGAAGCAAUCAUGAUUUCAAUACUGUGGGUUAUCUUCCAUUAUAUCACUAUUUCUUUUCAUGAGCUAAUUUAAAUGAAAUAUGAUGACCGAUGAUACACAUAUAUGGUAUCCACAUUCAAACACAGCAUUACAUUGUGGUCUAAGCACUUUACUGCUGAUGUGCCAGCAUGGCGCAGAUGUGUUCUGGAGGAAAUUAUUCUCUUACUAUAUGGGCCAGAAAAAAUGCAAUGCAAUGAAUUAAGUGAGAUUUAACUCUGAUCAUUAUCCUAACAUUAAUCUGUAACUUGCAUAUGAAGUUCAGAUUCCAAAUUUUUUAUGAAAAUGCUCUAGAUUGACCUAUAAUACAUCAAAGCAUAGGCACUGGCCUAUAGUACAUCAACAUAUAUACAAUGGAGCAAAACAUUGUCCAGAACAGAACAUUUUAGAAGAAACUUCAUAACUGAAUGCUCUUCCUGAUCAGUCCCAGAUACCAGUCCUAAACAAUCAUGCUUACAGU